AUGUCAGAAUUGAUAGAGUUGAUGAAGAGGCAUGGAAGUUCACAUUUCGCUAAUGUGAAAAUCGGUCAUUUCCUUUUCUUUUUAACAUUGUGUAAUGUUUUCGGGAUCUAUCUAUUCCACAAGGUUUAUUUAACAAAAUGGUCAAAAUCUGGUCGUUCAACAACUUUUAAAAGAUUGGUUUCUACUCCAAACUAUAUUAAGUUCAUUCUAUGGGUGGUGGUGAUACUGGGAUUAUGCUUUUAUAAAUUUAAACCAGCAGAGUUUAGUGUUUUCAUCAAGAGAUUGGGAAGAUUUGCCUAUAUAUUAUUGCCGCUAGAUAUAUUUUUGGCAUUUAAACCAAACCCAUUGCCAAAUAUUUAUUAUCUAGAAUUAGUAUUCCUUCAUAAAUGGAUUUCAAGAUUGAUUGUGUUGAUGUCUUUUAGUCAUGGUUUGUUAUUUAUUAUAAAAUGGAGUAAAGAGCAUACACUUUUCAAAAUAUUUACAUCGUUAAAUUUCCUUGGUGUUGUUCAAAUAUUGGGAUUUUUAACAAUUGUGACAAUUUCAUUGAAACCAAUAAGGCAUAGGUUUUACAAGGUUUUUUUCACAACUCAUUUGAUACUUGCUUGGAUAUCACCUUUUGUUUUACAAUUCCAUGCAAGACCAGGUGUAACUCUAUACAGUUUCAUCAUUGUUGUAUUAUUUAUUGCUCAGAUUAUCACCAAAAUAAGGAAAUCUAAAAACUCAAGGCUUAAAAUUAAAACUUCACCAGGUUCUUCCUUACAAGUGAUUAAAUUUCCUAAUGAUUUUGGCUCAUUCUUACCAGCUUCACAUAUAAGACUUUCAAAUUAUUCCAAACAGAAUAUUCUUACUUAUUUAUUAGUUACUCAUCCAUUUACAAUUUCUUCAUUACCAAAUGAAUCUUCCAUUAAAUUGGUUGUUAAAAAGACUUCAUUAACAUUAAGUCCUAAUAUUAAUUAUGCAAUUUCAAAUCCAUACCCUUCUUUGCAUUCAAAUUUUUUCAAAACUGCAGAAAACGUUUUAUUGAUAGCAGGUGGUUCUGGGAUUUCAUACACUUUAGGUUUAUACCAAAAUUUGAUUUCAAAUAAUUCAACAAAUGUCACAAUGAUUUGGGUAUUGAAGAACAAAUCAGAUUUGUGGAUUUUAGAUCAUUUCAAUGUUAGAAAAAUUGAUAUUUAUAUUACAUCAGAGACUCAAAAAACUGAUGAUGAUUAUGGUGCUGAAGAUGAACAAUUACUGGAAUCUUUACAAGAUGAUGAAUUUGAAUUGGAGGAUAUUGACCCAUUUGAUGAUAUUAAUGAAGUUACAAAUACUUCGUUGAAAACUAUCAAAUUUGGUAGACCAAAUUUAAACAUUUAUGCUGGUUGUGUUAAUCAAUUUGAUAAAGCUAAUAAUUGGGUAAUUAGCUGUGGAACUAAAAGUUUGAAUGAUGACUGUUCGAAAUGGGCUUCUUCACUAAAAGCUAGGUUUCAUAGUGAAAUUUAUGAGCUAUGA